CUCUCUCAAUUCUACGUACCUCUACUUCAAUCACACCCAUCAUGUCUGAGCGCUCUACUGUUCACGUCGAGGGCAUCGCCCCCGCUACUACGGAUAAGGAGGUCCAAGACUUCUUUAGCUUCUGUGGAAAGAUCACUUCUAUUUCUGUUACCCCUGUGUCUGGUGAAGAAGGUGCCCAGAAGUCGGCCACUGUGACCUUCGAGAAGGAAGCUGCCGCAAAGACCGCUCUGCUCCUUGACCACACCCAAUUGGGUACCUCGGUCGUUCACGUCAAGGCCGCCCACUCUCUCGAUGAUAUCGCCGGUGACCACGCUGCCAGCGCCUCCGAGGCCAAGGACGAGCACGACCAUGACCUCGAGCAGGAGGACAAGCCUCGCUCCCGCAUCGUCGCCGAGUAUCUGGCCCAGGGAUACGUGCUGAGUGACAACGCCAUCCAGAAGGCUAUCGCUCUGGACCAGAAGCACGGCUUCACCUCCCGCUUCACCAACGCCCUGGCCAACUUCGACAAGAAGUACAACGCGACCGACAAGGCCAAGGGUCUGGACGAGAACUACAAGAUCACCGAGAAGGCGAGCUCUGGCUGGCGCGGUCUCCACAGCUAUUUCGAGAAGGCUCUCGAGACCCCCUCCGGCCGCAAGCUCCGCGAGUUCUAUUCCCAGACCGACAAGCAGGUCCGCGACAUCCACAACGAGGCUCGCAGACUGGCAGACUUGAAGAGCGGCAAGAGCGAGGGUGACGAGCAGAACGUCAGUGCCGCCCCUACCGCUGGCGCUGGCGCCGAGGGUGUGGGUGCCGCCCCUGCUACUGCUGCGGCUCAGUCCUCUGGCACUGCCCCCUCUGCCGACCAGAAGGCAUGA